AUGUGGGGCGCCUUCUUCUUCCUCAUCACUGCUUUCCUUCUGAGCUCCGUAUCCGCUUGUGCAUGUAAGUAUCUCUAACACCCUGACUGCGUCCUGCAACUAUAUUAUGGAGAAAACGGUGAGAGAUUAAACGAGCUUUUGCAAAUGGAUGUCUAAAUAAGUCGUGAGAUUGUGUUUUACCUUGCCCAGUCUUGUUUCCAACCUUCUUGACUUUGAAUUGACUCUAUCAUGUCAUCGGGUUCUGAUGGGGAAGGGAGCGGAAAGCGCUGUAGAUAAGGAUAAGGUACUAUUGUUGCAAAUUGGUUCACGCACAAAUUACCGUUCUCCUGCACGACCUGCUGUUGGACAUACGGUGGACAUCAUCGAUCGCGAUUUUCGAGUUGACUUGAUAUUAAGCGGUGACAUCGACAGAAAACGUCGCUUACCGAGGUACAAGUAUCAUUAGUUUUAAACUGCAAUGUUACUGCUUCUUUUGUGAUCUACAUUACCGCGUAUGCACCUAAUUAACUUCAAAAUAAUCUCCAGCUUUAACCUUUCCCUAGGAUUUUGUGAUUAAGUCUGUAGUGUGCGAUUAAUCACGCUUUUUUUAAUAAAAGCUAAAGCAAGUCACUAUAUCUUGCUCUCGAUAGUCUAUUCUCCCCUUUAUAAGAGUAGUAUAAUUUCACAGAGUAGAGCAGCUGAAUGUAAAGAUGUGUCUUCGUUUUAGAUCAUAUGCAUUUUUUUGAAAACUACUUACACCUCUCCUGUAGUUUUCGUCCGAUUUGCGCAGCGGUUAUUCUAUGAAGUAUUUUGCCGCAAGUUAGUUUAAAGCCGACUUUAUACGCACGUGUACGAUAAUUAAAAACUUAAUUUACUACCUAAAGUUAGAGACAAAAUUUUUUUAUUAUGACCGAAGUGUGAAAAACUCGUCGACCAUAGUGUGAGUCAAAACCACGACAGGAGUGCGGAGACCUGAGUACACCCAACUCACUAGCCAUUUGAUUUGCAAGGCCCCACUAGGAGCCAUGAGUUUGGUCACAUGUGGAUCAAGUUACUCGCCCAGCCCACUACAACGUCUGGAAUCCACCAAAUCUGAUACAAAAAGUUGACUGCUUAAGAAGGAUUUUCUAAGUAAUUCACCUGCAAUCCACCAGAUGAUUGCCAGCCUUACGUAAUUCAUAGAUGUUUUGGCAGAUUUUGAAUAAUUCAUAUUGAUCCAACUGUGAAAAAACCGGCGCCUCAGUGAGAUUCGAACCUUCGACAGCAACUACAAGGCUUGAAUCCAGCCAACGUUCGAGUUACCUGAGCUACGAGGCCCCAUCAAUAACCAUGAAUUUAUUAACACUAAAUAGCUUAAUUGACAUCGAAGCUACCGACCAGACGCUAUAAAGCAUACUUUUUGCAAAUUCUUAUUCAUAAAAAAACUUUCAGGUAAGUAAUAUAUAGCGUAUUAUUAACAAAUGUAACUUUGACAGAAGAAAAACGCACGGGGUGCCAAACAAAAUAACGAAAGUUCCACUAUGUCAUUAGUACUUUGACGUAACUUACAGGUCACCACUUCUGACCGUCAGGGAAAUGAAAUGACCAUUGACAGCAGUUGUAUUUUACAGUGACUGAUCUUACGACUUUGUGGACAUGGGAAAGAAAGCUAAUUAACUGAGAAAAACGGGUUCAUUUCUACCUUCCUACCCCGGAAACAUUAUUUCGCCUAAGGAUUUGGAGUGCUUCCGUAGACACUAAACAGUCGCAACCAAAAACUGACGACAACAGCAAAGCAUCUCGACGCAAGCCGUAUCAGUUUGAAUCCGAAGGGUCGGAGAUAUUGCAGGCGUACUCGGUGCCAUUAUUUCAUCUAUUUACUGUGUGACCUACGUUUGAGGGAUCAACAGGCGCUAAGAGAGGAGACAUAUGGCGACUUUUUGAAAUUACAACCUUAGUUUACUACGUUCUUUGGAGGUUUAAAUAAGCAUCCGAAGUACCGUUCGUAGGAAAUGCGAUCAAUAAUGUUUAACCAAGUGACACUUUUGUUUUGCAAUAAUUCACGAUUGAAUUGGGACUUCUCUAUCUGAUUUCACUGCUAAACUGUAAGUUAGGAAAACCAAUAUCCUUACGUGUAAAUUUUUGAUUUCCUUCAAAGACCAGUGGAAAUGUGGCAGAAAAAAAGAUGGAACCCACAUCGACUUCUCGGUAGAUAACCUCCUCAAGGCCCUGAUCGGGAUCAGUACACAUUUUCCCAUGGGCAUGAAUUCCUACUACAUGCGCAUCGAAGCUCUGAAUAUGAAAAGUCAUCCAAGUUGCCAAAAGGGUUCGGUGCCCCUUGCGGAGAGGGGUUGGACUGAAUUUCCGUGUAGAAUAACCUUCUCCCUGAUACAACUAAACAUCUAUUAUGUGGUAAGUUAUCAGUCACCUUCAACUUCGAGCGAAAUAUUGGCGGGACUUUGUUAUGCAGGAACUGUGUCCACGUACUGAGUAACGUGCGAAAAACUGCAAUGGCGGCAGAACCAUUUGCUAAUGCAAUCGCCCGCCUGGUUCUUCUCUAAACCAACAAACCAUUACUUCUGUAGAAAAUGCCCCAACGGGAACACGAUAUCUUUCAAGCUCUAAAGUUACUCCCUCAGAGUCAUAGGAAAGGUUUGUUGGGAUUCUAUUACAAUGACCGAGUUUAUGGUGUGCUAUUACCUACAUACUAUGACUGAUUUCAGUAGACGGUUAACAUUUGAUUUUCUUGUUUCCUUCUGGUUUCGUGGGUUUAAGGUGAGGACUUAAGGUUAGGAUUUCGUGGAUUUAGGGAUAGGUUUUAGGCUUAGUGUUUUGUGGGUUUAGGACUAGGAUUUAGGUUUAGAGUUUACGGUUAGGGUUUCUUGGACUAAGGGUUAGGGUUAGGGCUUAAGUUUUAGGAUCACGAUUUCGUGAGCCUAGGGUUAGGGUUUCAUUGGUUUAGGAUUUAUGGUUUCCUCUAACAUUCGCCCGCCUCUGUUUAGCUCUUAGGAACAUACGACUACCCGUACUCCCGGCAAGCUGUACUCCACAUGUUUAAUGUUGGUGCAGAACUCCGACUCAACAUGACCCAAAGUGGUAUCAGAGUGGACGCAAUAAAGUUCGCCAAUCGUCAGGAACCCUUGAUUUCUCUGUCAGAAGUCGAGGAUAUUCUUCAUUCACCAAGCCAGUACGGAGCUCGCUGCUUUGAUCUGGCUGAAUACAUGCUCAACACGAGAAAAGCCGUUUGCAGUGCACCGAAGUCCUGA